GGGGAUGCUGCUUCCCUCCCUCCAUCGCGCUCUCGCUCUCUCCCUCCCUCGCCGCGGCCGCAGGAGCGCAGGCAGCGGCAGCCCCGCACGGCGGCUCGGGGCACCCAGCCCCGAGGAGCGCAGCGGGCUCCGGCCGGGCCCCGCUGGGGCAGCCGAGGCGGCGAAAACAUCAACAUUUUAGCUGUCCUUGUUGUGAUUUGGAAUGAGUCUCCCCAAACUGUUGGAAUUUCCCACAGAACAGAUGUUCAGCCUCUUAAUUUGUGCUUCAUCAGCAAAUACAUGAAUUUCCAAGACUGUGUGUCCCUUCUCAGCUGGAGAGUGGCAGGAACCAGAGGAGCCAUCCCAAAUCAGGGCUUGUCUCACCAGAGGUGUAGGUCUUGGAGGCUUGUGUGACGGUCACUGCGUGCUGAUACCAUGGUGCUGAAGCUCCUGGGAACGGGCUCACUCUCCUUUGUUAGCCUUGGAGUCCUAGUCCUGGUUUUGGCUCUCCCUGCUGAUGCUGGGCUUUCUCAGAAACAUGUUUCAGACGUCGUCGAUGACAGCAAAGACAACAUCACCAUUUUCACCCGCAUCCUGGACAGGCUGUUGGAUGGAUACGACAACCGCCUCAGACCCGGGCUCGGAGACAGUGUAACCGAAGUCAAGACAGACAUUUACGUGACGAGUUUCGGCCCUGUCUCAGACACGGAUAUGGAAUACACUAUUGAUGUCUUUUUCCGGCAAUCCUGGAGAGAUGAAAGGCUGAAGUUUGAUGGUCCCAUGAAAAUACUUCCCUUGAACAACCUGCUGGCCAGUAAGAUCUGGACGCCCGAUACCUUCUUCCACAACGGGAAGAAAUCUGUUGCUCACAACAUGACAACACCCAACAAGCUGCUGCGCCUGGUGGACAACGGCACCCUCCUGUACACCAUGAGGCUGACGAUUCAUGCAGAGUGCCCCAUGCACCUGGAGGACUUCCCAAUGGACGUGCAUGCUUGCCCGCUGAAAUUUGGGAGCUAUGCCUACACAAAGACAGAGGUGAUCUACACCUGGACACUGGGGAAGGAUAAAUCAGUGGAAGUAGCAAAGGGUGGAUCUCGCCUGAACCAGUAUGACCUGCUGGGCCACGUUGUUGGGACGGAGAUGGUUCGAUCCAGCACAGGGGAGUAUGUCGUCAUGACCACACAUUUCCACCUCAAGAGGAAGAUCGGGUACUUUGUGAUCCAGACCUACCUACCCUGCAUUAUGACUGUCAUCCUGUCCCAGGUCUCCUUCUGGCUUAACAGGGAGUCUGUACCUGCCCGAACGGUUUUUGGUGUCACCACAGUCCUCACCAUGACCACACUAAGCAUCAGCGCAAGAAACUCGUUACCUAAAGUGGCGUAUGCGACGGCCAUGGACUGGUUCAUAGCCGUCUGUUAUGCCUUUGUGUUUUCUGCGCUGAUCGAAUUUGCCACCGUCAACUACUUCACCAAGCGCAGCUGGGCUUGGGAUGGCAAGAAGGUGCUGGAGGCCCAAGAGAUGAAGAAAAAAGAGCCAGUGGCACUAGCGAAGAAAACCAACAACACCUACAACAUUGUUGGCACCACAUAUGCCCUCAACAUUGCCAAGGACCCUGGCCUGCCCACCAUCUCCAAGAGUGCUGGUGCCACUGCUACUGCCACCAACAUACCCCCCAAGAUGCCCCGCACAGAGGAGAAGCUCCCAGAGAGUAAGAAGACAUACAACAGCGUCAGCAAGGUAGACAAGAUGUCCCGCAUCGUCUUUCCAGUCCUCUUUGCCAUCUUCAACUUAGUCUACUGGGCCACGUACGUAAACCGGGAGUCAGCUAUCAAGGGAAUGAUCCCCAAACAAUAAAACCGGUCACACAAACCUUCCAUCAGUGAGCACCAUCCAGGCAGGAAUUCUCCAGGGCUUUCUUCUUUCCUGUUUUGCUUAAUUAUUAUUGUUUAUUUGAUAUUAUUAUUAUUCUUCCUAUUAGAUUGUUCUUUUAUAAUGUAAACAAAACUGUGAUUUUAAUUUCA